AAGAAGGAAAAUGAGGUACGCUUAUAAAUGUGCAAAUAAAAUUAAAAAAAUAGAUCUGAUAAGAGCCAGCAUUGAUGCAGUAUUUAGUGAAGGUGCUUAUAUUUUUUAAAAAUAGUAUUAUUAAAUCGUCGAUGAACUGACACUAAUUACCUGCUAAGAAAAAUGAGUGUGACGCGGUGCAGUCGUUUGUUGCUUCAGAGCAGUUUGUUUAGCGGAGGAGUCCCAAUACAAUCAGCUCAUCAGCUAAAUAACCACAUUUUAAGAAUUUCCGCCAAACACGUUUCUACCACAUCGAUUUCUUCCAGUCCAUCACCAUCCCAUCAAGCCACAAAGCCAUUACUUUAUUCGUAUUGGCGUAGUUCCUGUUCAUGGAGAGUUCGCAUUGCCCUCAACUUGAAAAAGAUUCCGUAUGAAACAAUAGCCAUUAAUUUGAUGGGCGAACAACAUGGCGAUGAGUAUCGUGUGGUUAAUCCUAUGAAACAGGUGCCUACACUGCUGAUAGAUGGAUACAGCAUUAUUGAGUCGGUUGCAAUUAUGCAAUAUUUGGAAGAGACGCGACCACAGCCACCGCUUUUGCCGCCAGAUGCAUACGAACGUGCUAAAGUGCGCGAAGUUGUUGAAAUAAUUUGCUCAGGCAUACAACCAUUGCAAAAUCUAAAUGUACGCAAAUAUGUUGGAAAGGAGAAAAGUGAGGAAUGGGCCCAACAUUGGAUUAGUCGCGGUUUUCAGGCACUUGAAAAAAUACUUUCUACUUCAGCUGGCAAGUAUUGCGUUGGCAAUGAGAUCACAAUGGCCGACUGCUGCCUGCUGCCUCAGGUUUUUAACGCUAAAGGUUUUCAAGUGGAUAUGAACCAAUAUCCGACUAUAACACGCAUCGCAAGUGAAUUGGAGAUUAUUCCCGCCUUCUCCGCCGCCCAUCCGAAAAACCAACCUGACUGCCCUACAGAAUAUGCGUCGAAUAAAAAUACGUACGGCUACAUGAAAAGCUGGCUAAGUAAGGAGGUCAACGAUAGAACCAAGUGAUUUGAAGCAGACUCACGCAAUAAAUCACAUUCGGGCCAAAAUAGCAAAGCCCAUGGAGGAAAGUUAUAAUGCAUUACAAAAUAUGGUAGCACAUAUACUCGUAUGUACGUACAUAUAUUAAAUAAAAAU